AGAAGAGAAGGAAAACUUGUUUAUGCAUACCCCCGCAGCUCCCGAGGCCUUUAAUAACACAGUGCAACCUCACUUAUUGGGUGCCUCCCCUCUGGAUGAUUUCAGCCCCAGAGGCCUGAUCUCUCCUCAUGAAAAGGAGGAGGCCGUGGAAAAGGCUGAUGAGGAAAUCAACGAGGAUGAUGAUGAGGAAGAGGAUGAUGAUGAUGAUGAAGAACAAAGGAGACUGGGCUAUCAGCCUUCGUCUUUGAUCACUGACAUGAGCACGUCUCAGCCCUCUGACGACUUCCAAGUGCGCUCCUCUGCCUUUGGAGGUUCAACAGGGUGGCACGGUGACGACUUGCUGUCUGGGAUGGACUCUGAGGAUGUGAGCAGCUGCACCAGCAGCCGACAGCAGGGGGUCUCAGACCUUAGUAGCACCCAGCAUACCGCAAUUCUAGAGGGCACCCAGAGUUCAGAUGCCCUGGUUGACACUAGCCUCCGUGGUUCUGAGGGAGAUGGUAACCUCAUGGGUUCUCCCAAUGUGGAAACCCUAGCCAAUGAAGAAGAGGACGAGGAUGAUGAGGAUGAGCGGGUGGACGAUAUGGAUUUGAGCUCUGAGAGGGUAGACGAACACCAUAAAGUUUUCCAGGAGCAAGGGCAAGAUGAGGAAGAGGAUGAAGACGUGGAAAUGCGCAGUGAAGGAGUGAUGGAGAGCUGUGAGAAUGAGGAUGACUUUAAUGAGGAGGCACAUUUAGAUAACCUCAAUCAAUCGGGUCCUCCGCCCUCCAUCCCUGCAUCCUCCUGGGGCCAGACCAACCCCUUCUGUGAUACCUGGGCUCAGCCAGCCUCUCUGCUCUCCGUCUCCUCCCCCAGCCCUGUGUCCGACCACGGUGCUGCUGAGUCUGAAGCGCCCACCCAGUCUCCUGCCCAGGCAUGUUUGGACGUCAGCGCCCCAUCCUUUGCUCCUGAGAUGGAGCAAGAAACCAACCUUCAUCAGUCAUCAUAUGAGGAGACGAAGGGCUCAGUUCUUGCAGAGGCUCCCACCCUACUUGCUGCCCCACCUGUAGGCAUGUCCCAGUCCAGCACUCUAAGCGGCACGGCUCUGGCAGCCCAGAGCAGCAGCGAGACAAGCACACCAGAGGAACUCCGUGACUAUGACAGCAGCUCUGGAGUCGAGUCCCGCUCUGACAAGCAGCAGACCCCAGUGCCUGCUUCGGUUCAGCCUGACAUGGAGCAGGAUCUCGGUAUUCACUUAGAAAAAGGCGACGGAGAAGAGGAGGAAGCCGAGACGCUCCCCGCCGACGAGGUCCUGGGCACCGGACCCCCAACUGCUCCUGCAUCCGCCCCUUCUUCCCCUUCCACCUCGGGAGACGAGGCCAGCGAUACAGAAGGGGAGAUGCAAAUAAAUGACCCUGAAGCACCCAUGAUGGUAGAUGAAAGUGCCGGGUUUGAGAGUCCUCCUCAGACGUGUAGCCUGCCCGCUCUCGAGGAGGACGAAGAGGCUGGGGACACACCAGCUGGGGAGGGUGAGGAGGAUGGGGGCGGGGCCACCCCUCAGUCAGCCAAUUCUGUAGCGUCUUACGGCUUCGACUGCACUACAUCCAACUCCAACGCCCACUCCAUGGCUGAGAGCUGCGGGAAGAGCCCUGGAAUCUUCUCCUUGGAAAACGAGGAGCAGCUGCCAGAGGAGGCCAAAGACCCCUCCCUCAUCAAGGAGCUGACGCUGCCACCAGCUGCCACCUCUGCCCUUGCAGAGGACCUGCUGGGCAGAUCUGUGGAUCUGAUGCCUUUGGGUCACCCGGAGGAUAACCAUCCCAGUCUAGAUGACCACCACUACAUGCUGGGAGGGAAGAUUGCAGCAGACCAGCUGGAGGACAUCGAUCCAGUCGAGGCCGAGGAAUCUGGAGGCACCGGCGACAACCAGGCAUCCUACUACUCUACCAUAUCUGAUAAGACUGAUAGUUUUCUGGCAGGAGAUUGGAAGAGAUAUGAAGUGGAUGAAGCUCACAGAUGGCAAAAACACUCACAGGAAGACAACCAGAACCAGAACCACACUGCUGCAGCUCCCAUAGCGAAUGGUCACUACUUGGCAAUGGUCCCGGGCAACAGGAGGCCCAUUGAUCCGACUCUUGCUGCCCAUUUUGCCAAAAUUGCUCCCCCUCCAUCUUUGACCGUUGCUGCUGCUGAUGGUCACGCUGGCGGAGAACAGCUGAAGAGGCUGGAGCAACACCAAGAAAAGCUGAGGGAAAUGCAGCAGCGCCAGGUGCAGGAGAGGCAGAAGAGGCAGUGGCUGGAGGAAGAGCGUCUGAGGCUGGAGCAACAGAAGCAGCUGGAGAAGCAGCGCAGGGAGCUCCUCCAGCUGCAGCUGCAGCAGCAACAGCAGGAGCACCGCCACCGCAGGCAGGUCCUGCAGUGGCAGCUGGAGCUGGAGCAGCAGUACCGCAUGCAGCAGAAACAGAUCCAGCAGCAACAGCAGCUCAGGAGGAGCCCGACCGGAGUGAUGCUCUCCCCUUCCUCGGGGCUCUGCACCAUCUACGAAGCCAUGGAAACCAGCGACGAGGAGGACGAAGCCAGAGGGGAGGUGAGAAGGAGGGGGCGGUCCCCCCACCGGCAGCAGCACCUGCGCCCGGUGCCCCCACAAGAACUGGAAUGGAAUAAGAAGGUGGACAUGGUCCAGCAGCUCAUCAACCAGACCAUGGUGCUGUCUGGUGAUACAGACUGCCCUCCGCUCCUCCUCCUCCCUGUGGGGACCGGGGGCACCCUAAGCCCCCUGGAGAGCAGCAUGUGGCCCAGUUUGUUUCCCCAGUUCAGCCCUCCUACCGCUACAGUCACAUCUGUCAGCAGCUACUCCCCAGACAGCCAGGGCAGCUCCCCAAUCAGUGACUGGACUGUGGUCGAGGUGGAGACCCAUCACUGAACAAGGGAGGCGGAGAAGCACAUCAAUAAAUCGGAGCGAGGAACAGUUUCACAUAUUUACGAAUAUCUGUUUUUAAUUUUUGGCACAGGGUUAGGUGAGAAGAUUGAUACGACUCUCACUGCUGUUCAGCUCAGUCGAGCCACGGUUAUUCUAAGAAAUUGAAAUCUACUGGCAAAGAUGGAGGGAAAUGUAUCCAAAUAAGCUCACAAAUAAAUCUGUAUGGAAGCAAAGCACAAAGACGACAACUGACCUUUAUUUGAUGGGGUUAAACAGUCCCCUCCUGUGUGAUGAACUGCUGACACCAGGAUUUGGUGUGGAUUUCUGGAGGCUCUGAGUUCAUGUGAUGAGGUUCACCGAUGGGAGGGGCUUGGAACACAAAUAGGAGAGCUGCAGGAAGCAUUUUCUACAUACAGCCACACACCAGAGCCAAAAAGGUGAUAUUGAUCUACUCGUCUAAUGCUGUGCCAAAAUCUCACGCUGUUAUUCAUGAGCAGCGUGCAUCAUACGACUGAACUCCUCUCACAGAUCUGAUCUGCUUAAUUUAAUGUGCCAUCGUUAAUGAAGCCAUACGAGAAUUUUACGGUUAAGCCGGAUACUUGAUUUAACCAUAAGACCAUACCAACCUGGUCUUCAACAGAUGUCAUUAUUUGUAGUAGAACAUAUUCGCUGUAGAUGACCCCAUGUAAUUGAUUACUGUAACCCAGACAUGCAUACUGUCAUACUGUCGCCUCACAUUAGAGCAUGUUCUCCUUACCAGAAGCACUUAACAUCUGUCCUCAGCUGUCUUACUCUGAAAUGCGCUGGAUCUACUUUAGCAGCCCUGUUGUCUCUUGUGUCGUGUGGGUGCAGCGCUCCAUGUUGUUGUCUCUUUUGUAUCUAGACCAAACACUGGUCGCUCUCUCAAACGAGAGCCUGAGCUAUGACAAAUUGCACUGGUUUUCUACCGUUGUUUAUUCGCUGUUAUGGUCUUUGCCAAAGUAUUUAUACAGGUAAGUAGUGUUGUGUUACAUAGCCAGUACUGUUGAUAGAUGAAUAUUUUUUCUGGGCUUUUACAUCUCCCCAAAUCCCCAUAGUGAAAUACCUAAAUCGGUGUAUUGUGUCCCCCUACAAACACCAGUCUCUGCUCAGUGUUACUGUGACUAUACUCGACAAGCAGGUUUUCAUGGACUUAAUAGAGCUGUCAGUCACGGAGGAAGAGGGAGGCGUUAAGGAGAAGAAGGGCGCUCCUUGUUCUGCUGUGAGGGGUGAGGGAAGGCGUACAAGGGUGCAGGGCUGGUUGGCGGGGGGAAGAGUUGUCCUCCCUCACACAUUCCGAAGUUAUAACCUCAUUUCCUGGGUCACCCAGUGUUCAGGGAGUCUCCGAGGUUACAGAUGACAUCAUGGUGGGGGGAGAAGAAGAGGAGAUGCGGAGAUGAGACAAUGCACCCACUCUGAGGCUGUGGGGAUUGGAGGGUGGAGGGCAGGCCAAGUACCAACCUCUAUAUUUCUUUUAUUAAGUAUAUUAACAUAGUCUGUGAAGAGUUUCUAUAUAUUUCCCUUUGUUAUCAUAUUUUUUAAAAGAGGUGUUUACUUGUAUCAGUCAGGUAAUGAGAACAUAGCAGCCUGUCUGAUAUUUAAAUGUGUUGAGUGAAGAGAAAAAAAGCACCUGUGUUUCUCUUUGUGUCUGCACAAGGUAGGUGAUGUCUGUCUGGGAUGAUCGAAGUGAAGAAACACUGCCACCUGUUGGCAGCACGUGUGGCACACUGACCCAUUCUUCCACUUACACAGCCUGUGAAUCUCUUGCAGUGACAUCAUUUAAUUUGUGUUAUAGCUAAUAGGCUUGUCCUUUAUCUACUGCUACUGUAAGCAAAGUGCCCGUUUAUAUGAGUCUGAAGUAUCCUAAAUGAAUAUUUUAAAAAGCAGAUUAUAUUUCAAAGUGCACACAGAAUAUAGUUUUCCAAAAAUAUUUGUACUACAGCUGGACUAUGUUAUGUGGCCUCUGCUGUUGUAUGCUGCUUUCUAUCAUAUCAUUAAGAGUUUGUUCUUUCUGAAAAGAUCAACAUACAAGCAAGCGUAACUAGUGCAUGUGUGAUUAGAGUAGACUUAUAUGUGCACCUUUAUUGUCAAAGUACUACUCCGCCUCAAGCCACUUUACACAGAUAUUUUUGUGUACCUUUGCUAUUGAAUUUCAUAUGAAUCUAUACAAAAUUGCUGUUUACAUUCUCAGUAUUUUGAUAUUCAGUGUGCGAGUGAUCGUCAUCCUCUUCUUUAGUACUGGAGAAGCUUUCUUUGUUGUGCCAGUGUUCCAGAUCAUUUUAAAGUAUAAAAUGUCAAAACUUUUAUGCUUUCAAUAUUAAAUAAA